AUGCUAUCCCUCCGCUGGUUCCCUAUCCCAGUCCAGCUCAGCUCUCAGUCCAGCUCAAUCCAUCCCAAACCCCAAUUGCGUGUCUCCAGCUCACUCCACAACGCUGCCGCAACCGCGCUGAGGCAGGAGGUCAAAGAGUGUUUAAAUGACGGAUUUGCCCCUGGUGAAGAGGCGUUGCCGGCGGGUCUGCGGCGGGAGGCGAUGCCGAGGCACGUGGCGGUGAUCAUGGACGGGAACGUGAGGUGGGCCAGGCGGAGAGGGCUGCCGUCCGGGGCGGGUCACCAGGCGGGUGCCCGGGCGCUGAGGGAGCUCGUUGACUUGAGCCGGAAAUGGGGGAUUAGGGUUCUCACUGUCUUUGCUUUUUCGUAUGAUAACUGGGUUCGCCCAAAGAUGGAGGUUGAAUUUUUGAUGAGUUUGUUUGAGGGGGUGAUCAAGUCAGAGAUCAACAAUCUUGCCAGGGAAGGCAUUCGAAUAUCAGUCAUUGGGGAUUCGUCAAAGCUCCCAGAUUCUUUACAGAAACUGAUAAGUGAUGCACAGGAGAAAACGAAAGACAACUUCAGACUCCAACUUAUUGUGGCAGUGAGCUACAGUGGGAAAUACGAUGUAGUGCAAGCAUGCAAAAGCAUCUCUCAGAAGGUAAAAGACGGCCUCAUUCAAGUUGAAGAUAUCGAUGAAAGCGUCAUCGAGCAGGAACUGGAGACUAAGUGUACCGAGCUUCCUUACCCUGAUCUACUCAUCCGAACCAGCGGUGAGCUCAGAGUCAGUAACUUCUUGUUGUGGCAGUUGGCCUACACUGAACUUUUCUUCGUACCAGCUCUUUGGCCUGAUUUUGGGAAGGCCGAGUUUGCGGAGGCGUUGAUAUCAUUUCAGCAAAGGCUGAGACGUUAUGGUAGACGAGAUUUAUAG